AUGUACAGCGGAGCGCUGCUGGCGACGGCGGCGCGGCUGGCGUGGGACCCCAGCACGUACACGUGGUUCCGCUUCCUGUGCGCCGCGCAGUACCGCGUGUCGGCCGCCUACGUGCUGGCCGCCGGCCUGUGGCUGGCCGCGCUCGUCUACAUCGCCGCUGCCGCCGCGCACCGGCCCGCCAGGACCUGUCUGCACAUCUACGCAGCGGGGGUAGUGUGCCUGGCGCUGAGCGAGGUGGCGUACGGUGCGUGGAUGGUGGCGUCGCUGCUGGCGUGGUGGCGGAGCGCGCCGCAGGCCGAGCUGGCGCGCCGCGGGAUGGACUUGCUGCACGACCUCAAACCCGCGCUGCUGGCCGUCGAGCGCUACCGCGACGUGGCCCGGCCGCUGUACGACAUGAUAGAGGAGGUGGAGCGCGAGGCGCCUAACAAUGUAUACGUGAUCAUCGUGUUCGGUGCCUUCGGCAUGGUGCUGCAGAUAGCAGCAUUCGUGAUGGCCCGGCGCCUGGCGCGCCGCGGGGCGGAGGCGCCGGCGCGCGCGCGCGAGGCCGCGCCCUGCACCUGCGCCUGCGACAAGCGCGACGACGACAGCGACAGCGACUCGCGCGUGCAGCCCGGCUGGCGCAAGAAUGCCAACCUCCGCAUGUACACUAUACUCGACAAAAUUUUC